ACAACACUUAUCCACUCACACCGCUCUCUUCGUCUCCCUCGACGCUCUCUCUCUCUUUAGGAAACGCGAGGAAUCGCUUCCGAAUCUCCCCAAACCCUAGGAGCAUCUCCCCCCUUCCUCUUCCUCUUCCUCUUCUUCUUCUCGUGUGGAAGUGUUCGACCUCGAUCGAUCGCGUUGGGAGCCCUGGUUGCGCGCGCUCUCUUUUUCCCCUUCUCUCCCGCUGUCAGAAGCUCCUCUGAGAUCCAAUGGAGAUGGCCAUGGAGAUCGCCGAAUCCCGCGCAGAUCUCGCGCUUUCCGACGCUGGAGAUGUGGUUCCGACGACGAAGCAGCGAGGGCAAUCGAUAUGCAACCCGUGUUGUCCGCUGCAGCGGCAAGCCUUCCAGUACUAGGGUUUCGGCUCUUCGGAGUUGCGAUUUUAGAGGUUCUUCUCUUUGCAUCGCUGUUAAUUACUGUUGAAAGGAGGAAUCUUUGUUGGUUCUUGGCGUUUCUAGGGUUUCUGCGGCACAAAACUUGUUCCUUUCUUCUUCCACUUGAAGGAAAUCGCAUAAUUGGGGAUAGUUUUGGGGCUCUUGGGCGAUUUAUAAGGUUUUUAUCUCCUCCUAUGGCAGGAAAAGAACGAAUACCACCGUUUUGCUUUGGAUGUUGAAUAAUUUGUGCACGAAACUGGUUGGAAUUCUAAAUCUAGGGUUUCUUGAAGGUUAAAUUUGCAGUAUCGUUCUUUUAGGGUUUAUCUGUUUUUAAACAGAGGGCUUUGAGAGGAAAUUCAAGAAUUCGGGGUAGGUAACAUUUUGUAUCAUGGUGGGAAAGGAAUUGGCUAUCAGGAAAGUAGGGCCAGUUGAUUUGAGAGAGGUCGCGGCAAAGACGACUCUCCGUGAUGUGCGGCUUAAGGGGCAUACGUAUGUGGAGCUAAGACACGCAGGCAAGCGCAUAAUCUUUUUCUGCACCAUUUGCCUUACUCCAUGCUACAGCGACACCGUGUUGUUUGAUCAUCUUAAGGGAAAUCUUCAUGCUCGAAGGUAUGCCGCUGCCAAAGUUACUCUCUUUGGUCCUGUUCCUUGGCCUUUUAAUGAUGGUGUUCUGUUCUUUAAUAAUAUCCGUGAGAAAGAUUUACUGUUAUUAGCUCUGGAUUCUCAAAAGAAAGCUUUGGUUGUCCGUAGUGAAACUGUUGAUAAUGAAAACGAAGUAACAUCAAGGCUUAGAGAUGAUUUAAAGUCGCAAGAUCGUCCUUUUGGUAUUAGUAGCAAUGUUAACAAAGUGACCACUAAUGGGAAUGGUGAUAAUCACUGCAGUAAUGGCCAUAAAAAACCUACAAUAGCCGUAAAUGGGCAUAAAAGUUCUGGAAAUGGUGGUUGUCUCAUUAUUCCUGGUGUCUUGCUUAAGGAGGUUGUUUCUAAUCUGAGGGUCAGGUUUUUGGGGAUUGGAAAUGUUGCAUAUAAAAUCAAUGAAAACAUUGAAGCUAAGGAUAAGGUUACUAAGAUAUGGUGCGCGUGGUCUGGACAAGAGGCUUCUGAUGGAUCAGAGGAGAUGAAGGACUCUCACCAAUGUGAUUUUGCUAUAGUGAACUUUGUUUACACAUAUGAUUUGGGUAGAAAGUGGGGUCCAGGUGAUCAAGACCCUCCUCUAUCUCCCAGCUCUUUCUUUAUGAUUGAUGACUUGGGGCACUGGGGGAAGAAAAGGAAGAAGUCAUUUUCAGAUCAUGAAAAUUCCUCAGAACACAAUAGUAGUAGCAAUUCUCCCUCUGAAAACGGUUCUGGUCCUGAUGGCUGUUCUGCUGAUUCUUCUAGCCAUCUGCAAAUAGCGCGUCUGUCCAGCAAAUCUGCUAGGAAAGAGUUGAGGAAGCAGAAGCGUCUUUGUUCUGAGAGAGCUUGUGAUAUCUGUGGGCAACCGAUUCUUCCAGGAAAGGAUGUUGCGACCUUGUUGAAUUGCAAGACCGGAAAUCUAGCUUGCAGCAGUAGAAAUACAAAUGGGGCUUUUCAUCUAUUCCAUGCUUCCUGCCUUGUACAUUGGAUCCUUCUUUGUGAGUAUGAGCUGUUGGUUGAUCAAUCCAAUAGCAUAAAAAGCAUUCGGGGAAGGAAGGCAAGAACAGCUCUUAGAAAUAAGAUCUCGUCUAUAUUAUGUCCAGAAUGUCAGGGUACGGGCAUCCAUAUCGAAGGACAAGAAUUAGAGAAGCCAACUGUUUCUCUCUCUGAGAUGUUUCUAUAUAAGCUCAAAGCCCUUGAGGCACACAAGGCAUGGAUGAAGAACCCUGAAGUCCUUCAAAAAUGCUCCACUGGACUUUAUUUUCCUCAUGAAUCCGAGGAAAAUGCACAGGAAAAGGUUAUGCCCCUAAAGUUGCUUCAUUUUUAUCGGGCUGAUGAAUGACGCUGCUUGUCGAGAAGGCCUCCGAUGUAUGAGUGUUAGCAUGUUGUAGAUUUCUUAGGGUAGUUGUAAAUAAGUCUGCAUGAAUGACACUGAAAGUCGUAGAAAAGAGCCGGCGUUAGUUGCCUGGCUUAUGUAGUAAUUUCUAUGGUUUCUGAUUUGCAUUUCACAGUCAUUAGUCAUGUAUGUAGCUGUAUGUUGACCCAGUGAUCUGCUACUUUAUGUAACCAUGUAUAUUCCAGUUCUAUGCAGUGCUUGAACUUACAGGCUACUUCGAAAAGAAUCACGCUCGUUUAUUCUCGUGUCUAA